AUGACCGGCAUGGUACAGCCCGACCUUGGUCCUCCAGCGACGAAGUACAAGGAAGAUUCUAUUGAUGAUCCCCUUCGACACGGCAACUCUGGUCGUCUCGGUUCCCAACACUCUCAGGCAUUACAACCUCGAUCAAAUCUAGCACAGAAGCAAGGCCCUGCCUCACCUGUUCAGCCCUCUCUUUCUAUUACUCCUACCACCUACCCUCCAUCCCAUCCAUUAGGAAACGGAGUCCUGCACCAUCAUAAUCCCUACGGACCGCCACCUCAGGAAUCGCCCUACUACACCACCCAUUCUCCCUAUACAACGACCCCAGCGUCGACACAUUACCCUUCUAGUGGGCCACCUGAACUCAUGGCAUCUACCGCUCAAAUGCAGAGACCUUAUCCCUCUAUUUACCACACUCCUCAAUCAAGCUCACCAGCAUCGGUAGCUUCUCAACCGCAUGAACAACAUGGCCGCAACAUGUACUCGCAGUCGCCACAGAUGCCACCGCAGAUGUUCGGCUAUCCUCCAUACUCGCCCAUGAAUCCGGUUCAGCCCUCGCCAUAUGGGGCCCACCAUUCUCCCCAGCAGCAUCCGCUCACAUCACAGCCAUUGAUGAUGCCCCCUCAGAAAGCCCUAUCCCAGGUGCCACCACACCAAUCACCCCACCUCCCUACGUCUGGCAUGUCUAGCAGCCCCAUCAUGAAACUCGAUUCCUCCCAGCACCCCACCACUCCACAGCAAACAAUGCUGAACCCUCCUCUCACCGCAACCAGCAGCCACGCAAUGUCUGCCAGCAACCCCCACGCAAGCCCACCACUAGGCGGCGCCACCUCCAGCGCGGCACCAGGGCCCAUCCCAGCCACUACCCCGCUAGUCGUGCGACAAGACAGUAACGGCGUGCAGUGGAUCGCCUUCGAAUAUUCCCGAGAUCGGGUGAAGAUGGAAUACACCAUCCGGUGUGACGUGGAAUCCGUCAUCGUGGACACGCUCACGCAAGAGUUCAAAACAGAGAACUGUGUGUACCCGCGCGCCUGUUGCAGUAAGGACCAAUAUCGCGGGAACCGGCUGGUCUACGAAACAGAAUGCAAUGCUGUCGGCUGGGCACUGGCCGAGCUGAAUCCUGCUCUGAGGGGCAAGCGUGGAUUAAUCCAGCGUGCUGUCGAUAGUUGGCGCAACAGCAAUCAGGACCCGAGACUGCGCAGCAGACGCGUUCGUCGUAUGGCUAAAAUUAACCGAAGACAGUCGGUCCCCGCUCAGUCUGCUCAUAUGGCGCAGCAAGGCCCUAUUGGCCCAGGUGGUCCACCUGGUCCGGGCAUGAGUGCUAUGCCAGCUCCUAUUUCCCGCCCAAAUUUGGGUCCCAUGUCGAUGGGUCCGCCGCAGAUGCAUCAUCAUCAUCAACCUGAUGGCAGUCCUAAUGAGGAAGUUAGCGGCACAGACUACCCGGGUCACCGGAGCAUGGACGCACGCCUCCCUCAACCCUCAAUCCCUGAUCUCCGCCCCGCCCACAUCUUCCAUGACGCCCCAACAACCCUAACCCCAGGCGGCAGCGCUAGCGGCCCCUCCAUGCCCCCUCUCCUCCGCGACAAUAGCCUCACCUCACUAAGCCGCCACACAAUUGCAACCUCCGCCCGCAUGGACUCAACCGACCACGACAUCGAAGAGCAAGGUCCAACAAACGACGAUCUCUUCAGUCACCUUCCAGACGGCAAACGCCGCAAAUUCAUCCUAGUCGACGACCCACAGCGUGGCUGUCGUGUUCGCGUUAAGGUCGUCCUUGACAAGGUCAACAUGGACGAGAUCCCAGACUCCUACCGCGAGUCAAACGCCGUCUACCCGCGUACCUACUUUCCCAUCCAGAUGCGCGACGAGAACCGCGUUGUCCCCGCUAAGCGCUUCUUCCGCGAUGAUGCCGAGCAGGCGGACGAUCCCGAGGCAUCAACUAUCGGCCGCACGACUGUGCCUGCGCCGUCACUGGACGCCGAUACUGAAAUCGAGGUGCCGAAGGUCUCCCGCAGAAAACACCAUAAGGAAUUGAUGCUUAAUGACCUCGGCUACCGUAUGAGCUGGAGUCAGAGUCGCGUGUUUGCGGGACGAAUGUUAUUUUUACAGCGGUCUUUGGAUGCCUAUCGCGAUAAAAUGCGAAGCAGUAUGCUCGCUGCGGGCCAGGAUGCAGUUGAUAUUCCUGAUCAUUUUGAUACUCGUCGUGGCAAGCGACGCUUCCUAGAGCGCGGGCGUCGUCUGGAGUCUGGUUCUGAGAAUGCUGCUCAGCGAAGUGCGGAGGAAGUUGAAGGUUGA